UGUAAUGUCUGUGGUUUGUUUUGAAAUUUGAAUUUCAAACGUAAAAGCGUUAUUGUUGUGGUGUUGAUGUUGUGUAUUUAUUAUUAAAUUCCUUACUUUUCUUGAGAUUUUCAUUAAAUACUUUGAAACGAUGAUGCCUAAUAGAUUUGUGCCGGGGCAGUCUAGUGCUUUGCGGAAAUCCAGGCUAGAAGGCAAGGUAUCUUUAUUACCGAAGCCUCGACGUCCUGGCUCCACGGACCGCCUGUCCACCGAGGCUCGCAGGCCGAGCGCCGCGGGCCACCGGUCCAGCAGUGCAGAACCCGUUAGGGGAACCUUUGGUGGGAACAGACUGAGCAGGGAGGCCUCUGCUACCAAACUACCUAUAAAUGGCAGAUCUCGUUCCCAGCAAGGGGAGAGGUUUGGUCAGUCAUCUAUGACUCCCCUGCGCUCCAGUCAGUACUCCAGAGCUACUACCACACCUCAGAGGACCCCAUCAGAAGACCGUGCUAGCCGUAGCUGGCAAACUUCACUUGAUAGAGCUUUGGCUUUUGUUACUAUUAAAGAUCAGAGACCGAUCUCAACAGUAGCAUGGCAGCGCGCGGAGUGCGGGCGCGUGGGCGAGGCGCUGUCGGGUCGCGCGGGCGCGGCGGGCGCGGGGUCGGGCGGCAUGGCGCUCAUCCGCCCGCUCACUAUCGCGCGCUUCGUGGACAUCGCCGCCGCGCUGCUGUCCGCCAUCACCCGGGAUGCUAAGCUCAACACUGAUAAUUAUGUUACUAAGUUGCCUCACCUGUCGAAGCGACUGCUGUACCCGGGCACAGUGUCCAAGUCCUGGCUGAAGACAGUCAACACGCUGCACGCGUUCCCGCACGCGCUCGCGCUCAUCGCAUACCUACUGGACCUAGUUCAACAUAUUGAAAUGCCAGUGUUCGAUGAAUGGCUGUACGUCGAUAAGGACGAGUUAGCGUGCUUACGCAGAGAUUAUCUGUACAAGUGCUGGAUCAGGUUUCAAGAUCCUGGCCAUCAGUUUGAAGACUUGAAUGAAGAGUAUCUGCAGAAUCUGAAAGUGUUGCUGGGAAAUGAUGAGGAGAAGAUUGCUGCAUUGUUGCAAGUUAUUAAAAAGUACGAGACGUGCCUCGAGGACGAGGUGGAGGCCGCGGCGCGUCAGGCCGAGGCCCGGCGCGUGGAGCGGCGCGACGCGCUGCUGGCCGCGCUCCGGGCGCAGCGCGCCGCGCGCCGGGAGCACCGCGCCCUGCAGGACGCGCAGGCCACGCUGCGGGCGGACUACGCGGACAGCAUCAAGCAUAUAGACACGGAGAUCGAGAGGGCCACUGCUGAAAGUCAGCAACUGAAACACGAGCUGGAAACUCAGCCGCUGACUGUGGAGCAGCGCACUAAACUGUUGGACGAGGUGGACUACGCGCUGAGAGUGCAAGACUCGAAACGAUCACUAGCUGAACAGAUCGGGAAGAUGGUGUUGAGUAAGGAGACGGAGUUGGCUCUGUGGCAGAAAAAGACGUUGGACAGCUGUGUGGAGUACAAGCAGGGGCUCAUACACCUCUCCGCGCAGUUUCCUGAUCUCGCUUCGCUUGCCAUCGACGAGAAAGAGCUGAUGAGCGCGGAGUGCGCGGCCAGCGUGUCGCGCGGCCUGCUGGCGCUGCGGGAGCGCGCGGCGCGCCUGCAGCUCGCGCGGGCCGAGCACGCGCGCGAGAGGAGCGCGCUCGCACGCCGCCGCGCGCUGCUGCUGGAAGAAACCCGCUCUAAGAUCAGUGAGCUGAAGAGCGCAGUCCAACGCGAGCAGGACUCACUGGACAGCGAGGUGUCGCGUGAGUCGGCGGAGGCGAGCGCGGCGGCCGCCUCGCUGCGGGAGCUGGGCGCGCGUCUGCAGGACUUGCAGCUGCAGCAGGACAACUACACGCGUCUCGACACCGAGCUGCGCUUCUGGGAGGAGCAGGACGAGGCUUGGCGCAGCAGACUGACCGCGCUGCAGGAGUACAUAGAGUGUCAGCGCGCCGAGGCCAGGCGCGCGCUGGACGCCGCGCGGACUAAGCGCGUGCAGCUGCUCGUCAGCAGUAUACACGAGUGGAACGAGAAACUCGCGCAGUGAAUGUUCUAAUAAUACCAAAUAAUAAAUAUCUGUGUAAUGUUAUUAUUGUAGAAAUAAUUAACUGGUAGGUUACUGAUGUGAAUGAAUUCUAAUUGUAAUUAUGUUAAAAUGUUUCCAUAAGUAAGUACUCAUGUCUUAAUGAAGGACAGUAGAAAGAAGAUCAUGUAUGUUUAAUUAAUUAAAUACUAACACGUUUUUAUAAAAGUACUGGAGACCCGUACCUGUCUUCUAAUAACAAAUUGGGUAUAUUAUAAUGCAUAUUUAGAAUAAAACCAUAUCUAAACA